UAAACCACGUUCCAACGGGCAAAAAUCGCAUCACAUGACGUCCCACCCCGAUAGAAUAGUCGCGCAUCUGCUUCAGUUGGUUCCCAGCGACGGUAUCGAUCAAACGUGUGCGAUAAUCUCGUGGUCAGAAGGGAAAUUUUUCAGUUGUGACUCCGUGACGACUCACAGGAUCAGUGAGGACCCCAAGAUGAAAUUUCCUAACACAUUGGAUUACAAUACCUACAAAGUGUACUUUUGUUCGAGACAUUUGUCACGUGACGAGAACCGCCAGUUGGACGCUAUCAACCUAGACUGGGAUACCUGCAUCCCGGAUUCGCUCAAGACGUUAUGUUUGAAUACUAUUGCCAAAAAUUGGCUCACGAUUCCUUUUUUCCGGGAAAUUCCGCUCUGUGAGGAUAAGAACUUUUUGCUGGAUCUGUUGGAUUUGGAUUUCCCACUAGAUACUCUAUGUUCCCGAAUAAGAAACGACGCCUUCUGGAAACGGGCUUAUGUUAAUCGGUGGAAAACACGCUUCCCUAUCGAUAUAGAUGGAAAACCUUGGAUAAGAGUAUACCUGGAACAACACAUCUCAGAGACACUGGAAAAUAUGAAACCAUGUGAUUACGAUCCAGAAAGUUUCCUAAGACUAAUUGACCUAUGCUCUCUACACGUUAAGGAACUCAAAAUAGAUCAGCUGCAGCCAUCAACGGGCGAAAGUGGAGACCAUGUUCCGCUAGAUCUAGUUCUUUCUAAUUUAAGAGAAUUACGAAAAAUUGAUAUUACUUACGAUGUGAAAAAUGUAGGCCACAAUUUUUACCUAGGCUGUGCUACCAUCACGGAUAAAGACAUACAAUUGAUGACCGACGGUUUGGAGCGGUGCUACGAACUAACGGAAUUUAGAUUACACAGCAGUAAACUGGAACCAUCGAUGAUGAAAAGAAUUGCAUCGGCUCUGGAUAAAGGAUGUCCCAAUUUAACUACCAUAGCAUUUCCCCAUUGUCGCUGUGGUGAUGUGGGACUACGAGCAUUUUUCGGAGUGUUAACACCGGAAUCGUUACCGAAUAUUAAAUAUGUAAAUUUAACGAAUAAUUUUCUGUCUUCCGAAAGUAUUUUCGAUUUGGUUCACGUUAUCCGUCGAAGGCGCAUCGAGCGACUAGAUCUACGGCUGAAUCCGAUAUUGACCGAGGGCGCAAUCUGUGUGUUGACCAUGAUCUGUUAUUUACCACUGAAAGAACUCAACCUCAGCUGCUGUUCGCUCGAUGAAGGAAUCGAAGAAUAUCUGUUGAUGACGCUACGUUUCAACACCAGCUUGAAAAUUUUGAACUGCUCAUCCAAUCCACUGGGUCAAGCGAUGGGGGAGAAAUUGGCGGCGCGUGUCAUUGAAAAUAAAAUCCUGCAGCGGUUCGAUCUGCGCAACACGGAUAUAUCGUCGGAUGUGCGCUCGACCAUCGACGAGCUGGUCAUGGAGAAUAGGGAUCCACAUAGUAUGAGUGCUUGGUGAUCAAAUUGAGACCGAAUGUUUGCGUACAAUUUUGGUUUUUCUAGGGCGCUCAAGAGGUAUAUAUUUAAAAAUGUUAAACUAAGUUAGAAUAAAUUGUUUCGUAAGAUGAUACAAUAA